AGCUCCAAAAUGGCGGCCGCCACUGCGGGGUUUCUGCCGGUCGGUGGUCCCCGGCGCUGCUAAGUCAGCAUCGGCUUUUCCCCCUCUUGAACCUGGAUUCGCCUAGGGGUUGGGAAGGGAAGUGGACGGCACUAGGGGAGGCCAGACGAGAUUUGUAAAGAACUCUGCAGAAUUCCUGGUGUUUCAUCAUACAUACGACUGAGAUCAGGUAUCAAUCCUUUUAGCCUGCUGUCUCUGGACCAAAAACAAAAUGACAUCUAUUAUCAAAUUAACUACCCUUUCUGGGGUCCAAGAAGAAUCUGCCCUUUGCUAUCUUCUCCAAGUUGAUGAGUUUAGAUUUUUAUUGGACUGUGGCUGGGAUGAACACUUUUCUAUGGAUAUUAUAGAUUCCCUGAGGAAGCAUGUUCACCAGAUUGAUGCUGUACUGUUGUCUCACCCCGAUCCUCUCCACCUUGGUGCCCUCCCGUAUGCUGUUGGAAAGUUGGGUCUGAACUGUGCUAUCUAUGCAACCAUUCCUGUUUAUAAAAUGGGACAGAUGUUCAUGUAUGAUCUUUAUCAGUCUCGACACAAUACAGAAGAUUUUACGCUCUUUACGUUAGACGAUGUGGAUGCAGCCUUUGAUAAAAUACAGCAGCUAAAAUUCUCUCAAAUUGUAAAUUUGAAAGGUAAAGGACAUGGCCUGUCUAUCACACCUCUGCCAGCCGGUCAUAUGAUAGGUGGAACAAUAUGGAAAAUAGUCAAAGAUGGAGAAGAAGAAAUUGUUUAUGCAGUUGACUUUAACCACAAGAGGGAGAUCCAUUUAAAUGGAUGUUCCCUGGAAAUGCUAAGCAGGCCCUCCUUACUUAUCACAGAUUCAUUUAAUGCUACAUAUGUGCAGCCUAGAAGAAAACAGAGAGAUGAGCAGCUUCUGACAAAUGUCCUGGAAACACUUCGAGGUGAUGGAAAUGUUUUAAUAGCAGUGGACACGGCAGGCAGAGUUUUGGAACUUGCUCAACUUCUGGAUCAGAUUUGGAGAACUAAAGAUGCAGGACUGGGUGUUUACUCAUUGGCACUCCUGAAUAACGUCAGUUAUAAUGUGGUGGAGUUUUCUAAGUCCCAGGUAGAAUGGAUGAGUGAUAAAUUGAUGAGAUGUUUUGAAGACAAAAGAAAUAAUCCGUUUCAGUUUCGCCAUCUCUCUUUAUGUCAUGGUCUUUCCGACUUGGCCCGGGUACCUAGCCCUAAAGUUGUACUUGCCAGCCAACCUGACCUGGAAUGUGGAUUUUCAAGGGAUCUCUUUAUUCAGUGGUGUCAGGACCCUAAAAACUCAAUCAUCCUAACUUACAGAACUACUCCUGGCACUUUAGCACGUUUCCUAAUUGAUAACCCUUCUGAAAAAAUUACAGAAAUAGAGCUGAGGAAACGUGUGAAGCUUGAAGGGAAAGAACUUGAGGAAUACUUGGAAAAAGAGAAACUGAAGAAAGAAGCUGCUAAAAAGCUUGAGCAGUCGAAAGAGGCAGAUAUAGAUUCCAGUGAUGAGAGUGACAUUGAGGAAGAUAUUGACCAGCCAUCAGCUCAUAAGACGAAGCAUGACUUGAUGAUGAAAGGUGAAGGCAGUCGUAAAGGAAGUUUUUUCAAACAGGCAAAAAAGUCUUAUCCUAUGUUUCCUGCCCCAGAAGAAAGAAUUAAAUGGGAUGAAUAUGGAGAGAUUAUCAAACCAGAGGAUUUCUUGGUGCCAGAGCUUCAAGCUACUGAAGAAGAAAAAAGCAAAUUAGAAUCUGGUUUGACAAAUGGAGAUGAACCCAUGGAUCAGGAUUUAUCUGAUGUUCCUACUAAAUGUAUUUCUACAACAGAGUCUAUUGAAAUAAAAGCCCGUGUUACCUACAUAGACUAUGAAGGACGCUCUGAUGGGGAUUCCAUUAAAAAAAUCAUUAAUCAGAUGAAACCACGACAGUUGAUCAUCGUCCAUGGCCCACCAGAGGCCAGUCAAGAUCUGGCAGAGUGCUGUCGUGCCUUUGGUGGGAAAGAUAUUAAAGUGUACAUGCCAAAGCUACAUGAAACCGUUGAUGCCACUAGUGAAACUCACAUCUACCAGGUGAGAUUAAAAGACUCACUUGUCAGCUCUCUUCAGUUUUGUAAGGCAAAAGAUGCUGAAUUGGCUUGGAUAGAUGGUGUCUUAGAUAUGAGAGUUUCCAAAGUGGACACAGGGGUUAUUUUAGAAGAAGGAGAACUAAAGGAUGAUGGAGAAGACUCAGAAAUGCAAGUGGAUGCUCCCUCAGAUGCCAGCGUUAUAGCGCAACAAAAGGCCAUGAAAAGUCUGUUCGGAGAUGAUGAAAAAGAAACAGGUGAAGAAAGUGAGAUCAUUCCUACUUUGGAACCCUUGCCACCUCAUGAGGUUCCCGGACAUCAGUCAGUUUUUAUGAAUGAACCAAGACUGUCAGACUUCAAACAAGUUCUUUUACGGGAAGGAAUUCAAGCUGAAUUUGUAGGAGGUGUACUUGUUUGCAACAAUCAAGUAGCAGUCCGUCGAACGGAAACUGGACGCAUUGGAUUAGAAGGCUGCCUUUGUCAAGAUUUUUAUAGGAUAAGAGACCUUUUAUAUGAACAAUAUGCCAUUGUGUAAAGGACAUGAUGUCAAGAAGUAUCUGCUUGACCUUUCUAAGGAAAAACGAUUCUUAUCUUACUCUGAGCUUUUGAUGUUUUGUAACAUACGAAAAGAAUCUGCCAGAAAAACUUACAUGUAUUAGAUUUUUAAAAAUGUAAAUAGAGAACAUUUUGCAAAUGAUCAUAAGAGCAUUCUAUCUUUUGGCUUCCAGAGUGUUAGAGCUCCAGCAGGUAUACAGGCCCAAGAGUUGAAAGUGAUUGGUUUUCUUUGCAUACUCCUUGUUCUAGAAGGGCUUUUUACUUGAAUAAAACAAUGCAACCUAGCAAACCAA